AUGGAACUUCAUGACUAUUCUACAAAAACGCAAUAUCUGAAAGAAAAGUGCGAAAGAGACGAAAAACAGCAUUUAGCGGAAAUGAAAGAACUCAGUCGAAUUAUAGAACAUGAAAAACAAUUAAAGAAAUUCAUGUCUGACAAAACAGCAGAAAGACACGAUGAUAGUCAAAUGGUUGCAUGGAGACAGGAAAAAGUCUCUAAAGCAGAACAUAAAAAAUUAAGCGAAAAGGAUUCACCCGCUACAUUAGAAGAAGCUUCAAUGAAAAUAAUUCAAUUAAUGGAAACUGACAAUGUCGAACAAAUAAUCAAAAAAUUUGAUGAAAAAGAAGAAUCUAAUUUUGUUCUUUUCAAAUUUGUAAAUGAACAAAACAGCAAUUUGGACAAAUUAGCCAAUGAAAUUGAAGAAAAAAAUACGGAAAUUUCUAAAAAAGAAUUUAAUAAUUUAGAACAAAAACGCCAAAAUGAAUUGACUGCAAUGGAAUCUCAAUUAUCACGAUUUAAAAAUGUAAAUGAUACAUACAAACAAGAAAUAGAGAAAAUUGGAAAUUCAACUGAAAUUUUUAUCAAUGAAAUUGAAAGCCUAUUUGGAUGCAUGGACUGCAAUAAAUACAUGCCACCAAAUUCAUUCGGUGAAUUAGAUAAAAUUACGAAGAAAAACGUUGUAAAAUAUAUGCAAGCCAUUGAAAAACGACUUAAUCAAUUAAUAAUCAUUAGCAAUGCCAUUCAAGUGAAAGAGAUAGGACAUUCUAAAAGAAAUAUUCCGAUUUCUGCAAAAAAAUCUAUCAGAUCUCAACAAAGUCCUCCACAAUUGCCAAAUAUUGAUAUUCAAGGAGAUGGUUAA